CCUCCCAAUGAACAAGAGGGUUCGCGCAUUAUUAAACCGUGACCAAAUUUGAAACUUUUUUUUUUUUUUUUUUUUUACUGUUUCCCCAAAAAUUCUUUUGAAAAUCGAAUCGACAAAUUCCUUCCGCCGUCGGAAUGUCUAUUCCCGAUCCCAACUCCUCCGCAUCUGUAACGGUGUCUCCGUCUCUCUCCACCGCAUCGGAAACUCCGGCGAUACCAGCAAACACUGUCAGACCACCGCCGUCUCAGCCACCUCCUGCUCCGCCGCCACCACCGCCUCCGACUUACAGACCCAUAGCUCCGCUUCGCCAUCCUAAUCCGUUACAACAAUCUGCUCAUAAUAAUAACCUCUACGCACAGUCAAUUCCAGUCAGACGCCAAAUUCAAGAUCCGUCAGCAGUUCUUUACCCGGGUCGAGGGUUUUCAGCCCGACCCGUUCGAGGGUUCGUCGCUGAUCCUUCCUUGACGGCCGGUUAUCAGAGUGGGUACCCUCCUCGCCCGAGUUUUGCUUACAAUCCUCGACAAUUUGGGCCGAGUCAAAUGGAAUCCUUGUUGCAGCAGUACUUAAGGGGGAGACUUCCUCAGAUUAAUCCGUUACCACGCCUUGGAUCGGGUUCUCCUGUUGGGUCGGGUCUCAUGAGAGGAAGUCCUCAGUUUCUGCAACCGCGGGUUGCCCCGCCCCCAACUUCAAUUCUAGACACUGGCAGGAAUAGAAAGGCCAGAAGCAAGGAUGGGGCUCUUGUUGUUGUUAGAGGGAGAAAGGUCAGAAUCACUGAGGGAGCUUCUCUUUAUUCACUUGGUCGAUCAUGGUUAAAAAAUGGUGCUCACGUAGGAAUUCAGCCGCAAAGGAGUGGUAUAAUGAAACCUUUGCCAAAGCCGGUACCUGUGGAUAUAACAACAGAGACAAGUGUGCCAGAUGAUCCAGAUGAAGAAUCAGCUGAUGAAGAAAAAGAGGACGAGGAAGCUGUAAAGCAAUUAUCAGAGAAGGAUCUUUUGAAAAGACACAUCGAGCGAGCUAAGAAAGUCCGAGCACGAUUAAGAGAAGAACGGUUGAGGAAGAUAAAGAGGUACAAAGAAAGAAUAACUCUUCUUCUGCAACAUUCCAAAGACCGAUAAUGCAUGAAGAACUAUUGAAAAAGGGGUAAAGUUUUGUUAGGACUUAGGUUUUUAUAUGACUGUUGUUGAUUUAGCAUACUAGUACCACGUAACAACAUACGUGUAGUAAUAGUAUAGGUGUGUUCUUCUUCCUCUUCUAUAGAUUAGUAGGACUAAAUGAAUAGUGUGUCAUUCUUCCUAAGACUAAGGAAGGAGGAAGAUAAAAGUUGUUUCCUUAAUAUUAGCCAGCUUUUAACUAAUAGUAUGACAAUAAAAUUUUCUUC